AUAACAUUAUCAUUUGACCUAUGUACUCGGUAAACUUCUCAAUUGCAAGAAAAAAUCUUCAAUCGUUUAAACGGCAUUUUUCGAACGUGCAGAGGAGCAACAUGAAGGCAUUGUCGAUUUUCCUCCUCUUUGCCACUCUAUACGCAAUACAAUGCGCACCCAGUCGACACAAGAGAAGCCUUUUUGCCAUGUGGCAUAUGGUAAAAAAUGAAACUGGAAAAUAUCCCGGAGAAUUUCUUCCGUACGGAAAAUACUGUGGACUCGGAGGAGAAGGAAAGCCGGUCGAUAGAAUAGAUAAAUGCUGUAAAACCCACGAUGAAUGUUAUACUUCCGCUUAUAGUAACGAAUGCAAACAUGAUCCCGGACAAGUUUACGUUGUAAAAUACAAAUGGUAUAAAAAAAAGAAGGGCGUAAGAUGCGGUAAAAAUCCCAACCCGUGUGCAGCUAAAGUAUGCGACUGCGACCAAAAACUUGUAGUGUGUUUCCAUCGAUUCAUGGACGAAUACAAUCCGAAAUAUCAUCAUAGACUUUACUUAUCUUUUCUGCCCCAAUUCAAGAGUGCAUUGAAGACAAAUUCUCUCAGAUCGCUUCUAGAAGCUGGAAUAUGAUUAUAUUUUUCUAAUAAUGAUAAUUCCUAAUGCUAAAGUAUGUUAAUAAAGUUUGUGUGUAUCAAUAAAUGCAGCAUAAAGCAAAGGUUGUACUUUUAUUGUGUGUAGAAAUUUUGUAUGCACCUGACCAAUGGCUGGACACGUUAAAUUUUUCUAGUCUUUCUUCACAUAUUUUUUUUUUUUAUUUUUAACUCUCCGCCCUGUGGAACUCUUAGCAAGUCCAUUAUGGUUUUGGCUGGGUGGUAGGGAUGGGGCUCGAUCCGACCACCCCUCUGAAUAAUUCCUGGGGAUUUAUAGACCCAUCCGGAUUCGAACUUGGGUCCUCCAGAAUGGUAGGCUCUGGGGGACCUGGGUGGUCAAGAGCCUGACUACUCGGCCAUCUAACAUCUAAACGGGCAAGUUUUCCAUUAAAAAAUUCUCCCUUGACAGUGACCAAGUGUGGUAUUGCCUUAACUAGGUCUAGCCCACAGUUAUCACU